AAUAAAACACAUAAAAAUCUUUCUAAAGUUCGAAACAUCUCUCUCUCUCUCUUUCUCUCUCAAAAGAUUUCAAAGUCUCUUCUCUUAUUUUUUAUUCGAUAAUGAAUUCUAUGUUUAGUGCCUUCGACGCUCUCUUCGCAGAACUCAUGGGAAAGAACCUUAUGGCUUCUCCGUUUAAUGCUACUACCGCCACGGCCAAACCAGCCGCCACACCGCAAACGCAAACGCAAACGCAGAAGAAGGAAAACGCAAGUAUCAAGAAGGUUGGUUUGGUGCAGAAGACUCCGAGGUUUGCUUUGGAGCUUGAUGGUCUUCACUGCUUUGAAACAAUAGUCCGUUCUUGAUUUGAUUUGUUCUUGGUUCUUGGUUUCAAGAUCAGAAACUUAGAAUCUGAGUUUCUUGUUAUUUUUUUUUAUUGUAUUAAUUCAUUAUAACAUGUGAUUGUGAAUACGUUUUGGAUUAUUGAUCGAUUUGAUCCGGUUAUAUAUACUACUUCUUGAUUCUCA